AUAAAAUUAUUAGAGGACUGAUUUCAAAAUAGGCUUACAGGUGAGGGGGUUUCUUACACAUUUUCAGAAAGAGAAAUCCCCAUCCACGCACGCUAAAAAUCAAAAAACAAAAAACCCUUUCAAAAACAAACACUCUCUCUCUCUCUCUCUCUCUCUCGCUCUCUCGCCGUCGCGUCCACUUCGAUGGCGACGAAGGCCGACGAAGCCCCGCCGCCGCUUCCCUCCGUCGUCGCCGCCGCCGGCGCCGCAGAACCCUCCGAUCCCCUCUGCGACCCCGAGAUCCGCGCCUCGGCGGCGGAGGCCGAGGAGGAGGAGGAGGAUGAUGCGGAGGAGGAGACGCGCGAGCCGAAGCGGCGGCGCACGUGCCCGGCCGCGCUCGAGACCCUCCUCCCCUCCGCCGCAGCGUGCGGCGGCGACGGCUCCGUCUCCGGCGGCGGCGGAGGGUACGAGGGCGAGGCGAUCUCGUUCUCCUUCGAGGCGCGGAGCUUCGCCCCGAUCGAGACCACCCCCAAGUUCGGAUCCUUCAACUCCUCCUCCGCCGCCGCGCCGAUCCUCGAAACCGCGCCUCCGCCGCCGCCGCCGCCGCCGCCGCCGCCGCGGGAGGAGGAGGAGGAGGAGGCGGUGGAUGGGGUCGGAGUGGAGGGGAAAGAGGAAAGGGGCGGCGCCGAGGGCAAAAUCGGAAAUUCGCAAGGAAAAGAGGAAUAAUAAUACUAAAUGCUCGUGAGCACCUAAUUGACUUUGAGCUGAAAUUUCAAAUUUAGUCCACUUUUAUUGUUGUUGUUGUUGUUAUUAUUAUCUCUAAUUAUUUCCCCUCUUUUUCCCCCUUUUUUUUUUUUUUUACUUUUUUUUGGCCCCUUUUUUUUUUUUUAAUGUAUGACUAAUAGUGGAAAUUAAUUUAUGGGGAAUAAAAUAGUGGAAUGUGAAAUUUCUCGGCUUAUAAA